AAUAACUGAAUGCAUGAAUUAAUUAAUAAACAGUGGAUGAAAAUCAAUGUCAAGCGUGUAACACGUGGGGAAAUCUCCUGAUCCUGAGCUGAUCCUGUGGGACUUUAAUGCGUUUCAGUUUUCAGUGUGCGAGUCUUUUGAUUACGGCUCUUCCCCAUCAUCUUCAUACUGAUGGGCCACUUCAUUUUCUUCAACAUGUUCGUGGGCUUGGUCAUCAUGGAAGUUGAGCGCAUGACUAAAGCCCGUGAGGAGGAGGCUCUGCAGGAGCGGGAGGCAGCGAAGAAAGGGGCGAAGAAGAAAAGAACAAUGAAGCAGCUGAUUGGGAGUCAGAAGUGGUCUGAUACAAACAUUAAGACAGACGAGAAUUUCCAUCGGAUCAUCCAGCAGCUCAGGACGUCUCUCUCUGACUCGGACCACAUUGUCACCAAGGAUAAGAGCAGCAGUUUAACAUUUCUGCAGAACUAUUUGACCACGCUGCAACACCAAGACACCACACUGGACAAGUGA